AUGUCGAAAAAAGACCAGCUCUACGACAAGUGCGCCGAGCGCCCGCCCGGCACCAUCUUCUUCCAGGAGGACCUGUCGCUGUUCAACAUCGCCAAGGAUGUCGAGGAGCUGGUUCGCAUAUGCCAGGAGCUCGUUGACUCCCACCUCUUCGAGCUGCUGGAGAAGGGCCACAACAACUGGGAUCGCGUGCUGUGUUGGAGGCUGCGCUCCCGCGAAGAUGCCGCAAAGCUUCGUGGCAUGGAUCCGAAUGAGCGCUUGGUCUACUCGCACAUCUCGUCGGCCGAGGACCAGGGCAUGUGGACGCGCACCAUCAAGGCCAAGACAAACUUCCACCAGACCGUAAUCAACAAGGCCUUGAAGUCGCUCGAGGGUAAGCGCCUGGUCAAGUCCAUCACCUCGGUCAAGCACCCGGGCCGUAAGAUCUACAUGCUGGCCCACCUCACGCCCUCGGAGGAAGUCAGCGGCGGCCCGUGGCACACUGAUGGCGAGCUGGACAUCGAACUCAUAGAACAGAUCUCCACCGUCAUCCUCAACUACGUCGAGCAGAACAGCUGGGUUGAGCAAAAGCCUCACCAUGUCUCCAAGGCCGACAUCAAAAGGAAGAAGGAGCAAGCCCAGCGCAGCGCCAGCAAUGCUGUCCCCGAGGCUCCAAAGUACCGCCCCGCCCUUGGCCGCAGCGGUGGCCUCCUGCUUCCACACCCCCCUGGCUACCGUAACUACCCGACCGCUUCGUCCAUCCUCGAGUUCAUCGAGAAGUCCGGCGUGAUAGAAGGCGUCGUCAUCCGCGAGAUGGAUCUCCGGUCGCUGCUCGACAACAUGGUUUUUGACGGUAAGAUCGAGCGCAUGGGAGCCAUGGGCUACCGCAGCGUGCGCGGCGCCAUGGAGGCCGCCAACGAUGCAGAGUUGGCCGAGGGCUACGGCAACGGCCUUACCCAGGCCCCCUGCGGCCGCUGCCCUGUCUUUAACUUGUGCGAAGAGGGUGGUCCCGUCAGUGCCAGCAACUGCGAGUAUUUCGAGGAGUGGCUCAAGGUGGCUUCGUAG